UGACUCAUGCAGCCAUGGGACUCUGUGCGGAGACUGGGGGCCUUGCUUAAUGCUUAGAACUGCUGAAACCACCAGUUCACCAUCUCAGCGCUAAUCCAGCCUGCUCCUUAAAUGGGAUUUGGCUCCUAGACAUUGAGACCUGGGUGCCGGGCCUCCUCGCCAGAUCCUCUACAAAUCCCCGACACACGUCAGCCGAGGCCCUUGCCCGAGCCUCCGAGGGGUUGUCUGGUGAGACAGGGCCAGCGUGCCGAGGGCAGGGGCUGGCUGCUCCUCAUCUGAGGGCACAGGGACCCUCCCCUUGCCACCCCGCCCAUCCCACCUGGUUGGUGACAAAUCACAAGGCGGAAGAAGCUGCCGGGGACAGGUGACAUGGCGGCCAGCGGGAAGACCAGCAAGUCUGCGCCAAACCAUGUCAUCUUCAAGAAGAUCUCCCGGGACAAAUCGGUGACCAUCUACCUGGGGAAGAGAGACUAUGUAGACCACGUCAGCCAAGUAGAGCCUGUGGAUGGUGUCGUAUUGGUUGAUCCCGAGCUCGUGAAGGGAAAGAAAGUGUAUGUCUCUCUGACCUGCGCCUUCCGCUACGGCCAGGAGGACAUCGACGUGAUGGGCCUGAGCUUCCGCAGGGACCUCUACUUCUCUCGGGUCCAGGUGUACCCUCCUGUGGGGGCUGCGAACACGCCCACGAAACUGCAGGAUAGCCUGCUGAAGAAGCUGGGGGGCAACACAUACCCCUUUCUGCUCAUGUUUCCUGACUACUUGCCCUGUUCAGUGAUGCUGCAGCCAGCUCCGCAAGACGCAGGCAAGUGCUGUGGGGUCGACUUCGAGGUCAAAGCGUUUGCCACAGACUGCGCCGAUGGCGAAGAGGACAAAAUCCCGAAGAGGAGCUCCGUGCGGUUACUGAUCCGGAAAGUACAACACGCUCCCCCCGAAAUGGGCCCCCAGCCCCGAGCGGAGGCGUCCUGGCAGUUCUUCAUGUCUGACAAGCCACUGCACCUCACAGUCUCCCUCAGCAAAGAGAUCUACUUCCACGGGGAGCCCAUCCCUGUGACCGUGACUGUGACCAAUAACACGGAGAAGACAGUGAAGAAGAUUAAAGCACUAGUGGAACAAGUGGCCAAUGUGGUUCUCUACUCAAGCGACUAUUACGUCAAGCCCGUGGCGACAGAGGAAACACAAGAAAAAGUGCCACCAAACAGCACUUUGACCAAGACGCUGACGCUGGUGCCCUUGCUGUCCAACAAUCGAGAAAGGAGAGGCAUCGCCCUGGACGGGAAGAUCAAGCACGAGGACACGAACCUCGCCUCCAGCACCAUCAUUAAGGAGGGCAUAGACCGGACCGUCCUGGGGAUCCUGGUGUCUUACCAGAUCAAGGUGAAGCUCACGGUGUCGGGCUUUCUGGGCGAGCUCACCUCCAGUGAAGUGGCCACUGAGGUCCCCUUCCGCCUCAUGCACCCCCAACCCGAGGACGCAGCUAAGGAAAGUUUCCAGGAUGAAAAUUUAGUUUUUGAGGAGUUUGCUCGCCAGAAUCUGAAAGAUACAGGAGACACUGAGGAAGGGAAGAAAGACAAGGAUGACGCCAAUGAUGAGUGAAGACGUCGGCUCAGGAUGUGUGGAGGUGGCCUGUAGUUACCAGUGCCACCAGCGAAGCCCCGCAGCGGGCCCUGCAGAGUUACGCUAAAUACAAAAUAACAGUCCUCUUCCCAGAAAUAAAGCUUGUCCCUUCUCCCCUG